AUGGUAAAGGCCCUUCUGCAAGCCAGAGGACUGAGGGUGCAGUAUGAUAGAGUCAGAGCGUCCAUGCAUCGUGUAGACACCAUUGGAAUGGCAUCACGUAUGGUCCAGCUAGGAUGCAUAGCUCGACGGACGUACUCAGUUCCUGGCCCUCAGUCUUUGAUGCACAUUGACACCAACCACAAAUUAAUACGGUACAACAUUGUUAUCUUUGGUGGCAUUGAUGGUUUUUCUCGAAAGAUAAUGUAUCUUGGUACAGCUCCCAACAACCUGGCAUCUACCACACUCGCUUUCUUUCAAGGUUCAGUGGAGGAGUUUGGUUUCCCCCUCAGGGUACGUGCUGAUCAAGGGGUGGAAAAUGUGGACGUGGCACGACUUAUGUUUAUGAUUCGUGGAACAGGAAGAAGCAGUUUCAUAUCUGGAAAAAGUGUGCACAAUCAAAGGAUUGAGCGACUGUGGAGAGAUCUGUGGACAGCUGUAACGUGCAUCUAUUAUGAUGUGCUACACUACCUUGAAGAAGAGGGAUACCUGGACAUUUCAAAUGAAGCACACCUCUUCUGUUGCCAUUAUGUCUUCCUGCCACGUCUGCAGGAUGAUCUGGAUACUUUCCGCAGUGGCUGGGACAAUCACCCACUUCGAACUGAAAGCAACAUGACUCCUAACCAGCUCUGGGUUCUUGGUCGUACACAUCAUCCAAUUCCUGAACCCCACGGUGCCUUGACAGAGGGUGUACAGAUUCCCGAAAUUGAAUGGGAGGACAGCGGGCUUUCUCUUCACGAAGAGUCAAAUGUCACAGUACCAAACUCUAAUUUGCAACUGACUGACGAACAAAUGGCAGCCUUAAGAAAUGCAGUAAACCCAAAAGCCACAUCACUGUCAUCUGGAUGUGACAUUUAUAUUGCUGCAAUUCAGUUUUGCGAGCAGUUUUUUACUAUGUGAAAGUUAUCCAUUUUACGGAAGCGUAUUGCUAUCACGCAGG